GCCAUUGGGCGGAAGUGAACAGAGGUGCAAAAUAACUGCGGGCUUGGAGGAGGAAAAAAAGAAAUAAAAAAAUACAUAUAUGCACUUAAAAAAAUUACACACACACCGUGUGACAGCAUUGGAUUUAAAAAAAAAAAAAAAAACGAAGAGCCUCUGAUACGGGCAGAAACAUCUUCAGGCUGGACUUUUAGUGCGCCCGAGAGGACCAGAUCACCGGAAUCAAGUCGUGGAACUUGCUGAAAAAAAGCGCAGUUCAGCUUGUACGGAGCCGAGAGGAACCCACUGGCUUCGGGUUAAACCCAGCACCCCCGCCACUGCUGCUGCUUUUUCUUUUUAAGACUCCUGCUGAAUUUAAAGGGACUCUCUUGAUGAAUUAUGUCUACAACCGGUAUUGACCCACAGACAUCGAAAGGGCAAGACGGUAAAGUGCAAAAUGGCUCUCUCCAUCAAAAGGAAACAGUCCACGACAAUGACUUUGAACCAUACCUCACCGGCCAGUCUAAUCCGAAUAACAGUUACCAAUCUAUGACUGACCCAUACCUGUCCAGCUACUAUGCCCCCUCCAUUGGGUUCCCAUACCCUCUCAGCGAGGCCCCCUGGUCCACGGGCGGAGACCCGCCAAUCCCAUACCUCACACCAUAUGCCCCCCUCAGCAAUGGAGACCACCACUUCAUGCAUGACACUGUGUUUGGACAGCCGGGAGGUCUAGGUAGUAGCAUCUAUCCCCACCGUUUUAACUUUUUUCCAGAGAACCCUGCAUUUUCUGCCUGGGGUACUAGCGGUUCCCAGGGCCAACAGACUCAGAGCUCUGCAUAUGGGGGCAGUUACAGUUACCCGCCCAGUUCUCUUGGAGGCACCCUGGUGCCGGACGGGCAAACAGGCUUCCCUAAUGACACACUGAACAAAGCACCAGGUAUGAACAGCUUGGAGCAGGGCAUGGUGGGGCUAAAGAUUGGUGGUGAUGUGACAGGAGGUGGAUCAGGAGUGAAAACGGUGGGCUCAGUUAUUGGUGGAGGGCCAGUGGCUGCAGCAGUGGCCACUGGUAAUGGUGGAACACCUAUAGGCAUGCCACCCCCCAAACCCACAUCCUGGGCAGCCAUCGCUAGCAAGCCAGCCAAGCCUCAGCAGCUGAAGGUGAAGAGUAAGCCAGGGAUGCCCAUGGCUGGAGGCACCCUGCCCCCGCCACCCAUCAAACAUAACAUGGACAUUGGCACUUGGGACAAUAAGGGGCCUGUGACUAAAGUGGCCUCCCCACUGCCCCCCCACCACCAGCAGCAGCCUCCCCUCCACUCCCAGGGUCACCUACCACCUCACCAUCACGGGCUCCCACCCCCACCUCAGCCUCCCAUGCCAGCUGCCCAAUCACUUGCCCAGCAGAUGGCUAUGCAGGGCCCGCCCACUCCACAUUCUUACCAUAACCACACCCCAGCUCCUCCCCCUCAAACCCGAUGGGUUGCCCCACGCAACCGUAACCCUGGUUACGGCGGUGGUGGCAGCAUGGACAGUAGUGGCUCCUCAAGUGGUGGAGGGGUAGGUAACGGCGGCGGAGGUGGUCCUCCAGGCUCCGGUAUCAUUGAGUCCCACCCGGUCCUGGAAAAGCUCCGUGCAGCGCACAGCUACAACCCCAAGGAAUUUGAUUGGAACCUGAAAAAUGGUCGGGUAUUCAUUAUUAAGAGUUACUCGGAGGACGACAUCCACCGCUCCAUCAAGUACUCCAUCUGGUGCAGCACGGAACAUGGUAACAAACGGCUGGAUUCUGCUUUUCGUGCGAUCAACGGCAAAGGUCCCGUCUAUCUGCUGUUCAGUGUUAACGGCAGCGGACACUUCUGUGGCGUGGCGGAGAUGCGCUCGCCUGUAGACUACGGCACCAGCGCCGGCGUUUGGGCACAGGACAAGUGGAAGGGCAAAUUUGAUGUGGACUGGCUGUUUGUUAAAGACGUGCCCAAUAGCCAGCUCAGGCAUAUCCGACUGGAGAACAAUGACAACAAGCCCGUGACAAACUCCCGUGACACACAAGAGGUGCCUCUGGAGAAGGCCAAGCAGGUCCUGAAGAUCAUCGCCACCUACAAACAUACCACCUCCAUCUUCGAUGACUUCUCACACUAUGAGAAACGUCAGGAGGAGGAAGAGGUGGUAAGAAAGACCAUAGAGCCUGUUCCUCUCCAGAACCGAUCCCGUCUGGAUCAAGAACGCCAGAACCGAAGUAAAGAAUAGAAGGCUGCCCCCUAUAGCUGAUGAACAGUUGUUUUAGGACUGACCAUUUGAAAAUUAAAUUUAAAAGGACACAAUAUGAAAUUUAAACAAAUAAACAAUCAUUGUUUUUCUAUUUAAUUCUGGUGACUUCAGCCAGCGUCAGACUCGAGCCUCUGCGCAUUUGGCUUCACCUGUGGGGGCUGAAGUCGGUUAGAGCCUCUUAGUCACGUCACUUUGAUUUUUCUUUCUUUUCUUUUCUAUCAUUUGGCAUUGUUUUCAUACACCUCCCUCCCCCCUUUGACCAACCAAUAUCUGGCACAAGGUUUUUUUUUUUUUUUUUUCUCAGCCACAGUGCUCCUCAUUUUUGCCCUUCAGAGGUGGUUAACUGAAAUGAGUGGGUUUUGAAUGUUGUGAUAUGUGUGUGUAUCAGGCAGGGUGAGUGCAUGUCAGAUGGACAGUUGAGGGGACAUGUUCAGACUCCUCUCGGGUCGAGGGGGAGGGGGUAUCUCCAGCAUCAUUAACUGUAAUGGGCCAGUUUUAUGUUCUGUAGAUCCAGAGGGUGUUUGAACCCAUUCAUGGAGUAUCGUGUAACUGCGUAGAAGGGACAAUGAAAUGUGUCUUGACAUGAUGAGAUGAUGCUAUAAAAAAAAAAAAAACUAUAUUUUUGAAUUAUGUAACACUUGACUUUCUUUGUUUAGUGACGAGCCACGUAUGUCACGAUUCUUGGAACUUUUUUUUUUUUUUCUUUCUGUUUUUCCUGCUUGGAGCCUUAACAUUUUAAAGCUACGGUGUCAUCAAAACUGUUUAAUAAUGGCUGUUCUAUACCUCAAUUGAAACAGCAUUAUCAGGGAGAAGACAUCCCAUGUGUCCUUACCCAAGGGAAGUCGACAUUGUCACUGACUGGACUAACAAAAAUGUAAAACUAAUGUUUUAGUUACGGUUCAGAGCCCAGUGCUCAGACUCUGUUCACAUACCUACUUGUUAAAAGAGCAGAAAUGUUACUACUUACUGUUCCAAACCCCGCCCAGCAGAGGUCGCUGUUUCUUUAAGCCAAUCUGAGAGAUGUAGCAAUUCACUGCUUUCAUUUGUAAACACUUUAGAUGCAUCACCUUUUUUUUUGUUCCUUGUUCUUUCUUAACAGAUUUCAUUUUAUCACCUUUUUUCCUCCCCCAUUUUCUCAGUAUAUUGCUAAGCUUUAACGUAGGAUCAUAUAAUUAUAACAAUAAUGAAGAACGCCUCAAAACGUGUAACCUGAAAAUUAAUGUUACUGAUUUACUGUUAAAAGUAAGAGAAAAAAAAAAAAAAAAGAGUAUAUGGUUUCUGUGCGUGAUUUUCUAGGAUCUGCUUGCUGUUUUGUGUGUUUGUGUGUGGGAGAGUGGAAUUGAACCAUGUGAGGGUUUCAGAUUUCUAUAGUCAUAUAACAAAAGAUUCAUGAAAAUAUAUGAAAUACUAAAAAUAUUAAAAAAGACAAACAUUUAAGUCACCCCUGAAAUGAAUAUGCAUUGUAUUGGAAGGUCACUAUCUAUCACGUUCUUAGAUUUGAUCAUUAAAAUAAUACUAUCUGGUGUA